UGGAUGGGCCGCGGCCGCGCUCGGCCAAUCGGGGGCCGCCUUUGAAUUUUCAAACCCUCCCGCCCUUUGUGGCGGUUUUUAACGGUCGCGCGCCGAGUGGCACCGCGGAGGUCGAGACGAGGCGACUUUUAAUCAAAGUUAUUAUUAUUUUUUUAAAUUAAAAAUCAAACAAAUCUUUAAGCCCGACCGUGCCAAUCGGAGGUGCGGGUUUGACCACGCGGGCUCCACCACCGUCUCGCCCCCGUCGUCCCUUCUCCCCGGACCUCGAGUCGCGAUGUCGUCGAUAAACAUCCGCGGGUGCGCCGACGGGGAGACGUCAGCGGAGGACGUGCCGGCGUGCGGCCCCACCUCUCGCCUGCCCGUGCGCAAGUUGGCCAAGCGCCCCCCAGAGGUGGACGGGGAAUCCGUCGGCAAGAGGCAGCGUCUGGACGGCAUGUUGCACGCGGACGGGGUAGGCAAGGGUCAGCAGCAACGCUCGCUCUCCACGUUGUCGCUGUACAGGCCCAGCGCGGCCACGCGGCCCGCCAAGGUCUUCUCGGCCAUCACGUCCCGCCACACGUCGGCGCCCCAGCACGCCAAGGCCGCCGUCCAACCGAGGCACUUGGCGGGCCAGCUGUCCCGGGCCUCGCACGCUCGGCCGCCCGCCAGCGUCCCUUCCGCCGCGGUCGCCCGCGACAAGAAGUCCCUGGUGGCUUCGUCUGCUGCGACCUCUGCUGCACCUAAAGCAACAGCGAGCGGCACGGCCCGGAAGCUGCCGGCGUGGGACAUCAAGGGCCGCCUGGGCUUGAUGGAGGCCAACUGGAGCCAGGACCAGGCGCGCAUCAAGAUGCUGGAGCAGAUGGUGGGCGAUCUGGAGGGGGUGCGCGUCCUGCGGGAGCGUGAGACGUCCGUGAGCAGUGAGCAGGUGUCGCGCCUACAGUCGGAGCUCAGCAAGACCGAGACGGAGCUGGCGCCCCUCCGCCGCCAGGUGCUGGAGCUCACGGAGGAGCUGUCGGCGGCGGCGCGGGCCCGGCAGCGCGCCGAGCGCGACCUGGAGGCGCGCGACGCCGAGAACGCCGGGCUGCGGCGCUCCGUGGCCGAGGCGUCGGCGCUGCGCCUCGCCAUGACGACGCAGAUCGACGUAGUCGAGUGCCGCCUGCGGGAGCGCGAAUCGGCGCUGCGGGAGGCCGGCGAGCGCGAGGCGGCGCUGACGGCGGAGGUGGCGGCCCUGAGUGCGAGCCUCGACGAGCAGGCGCGGACGCUGCAGAAGUACGAGACGGAGCGGCGCUACCUGCACAACCUCGUGCAGGAGCUGAAGGGCAACAUCCGGGUGUUUUGCCGCGUGCGUCCCCUCCUCGGCGACGAGGUGUCCAAGUCUGCGGGCCACAUCUGCUUCCCCAGCAUGGACGACUCCGGCAUUGCCCUCGUCAAGCAGGAGGAGUCGCACACGGGGCGAGGGGAGUCGAAGCCACUCCGCUACGAGUUCUCGUUCGACAAGGUGUUCCAGUCGGGCUGCUCGCAGAGCGACGUCUUCCAGGAGAUCUCGCAGCUCGUGCAGUCUGCGCUGGACGGCUACAACGUGAGCAUCUUUGCGUACGGCCAGACGGGUAGCGGCAAGACGUUCACCAUGGAGGGGCCCGACGGGGCCGACUUCUCGCCGCACACCGAGGGCGUCAUCCCGCGCGCCGUCAAGCAGAUCUUCUCGGCCGCCCGCCAGCUCGAGCCCAAGGGCUGGAACUACACGUUCCGGGCCUCCUUCAUCGAGAUCUACAACGAGAACCUGCGCGAUCUGCUGGCGGGGCCGCGCGCCGGCAAGUCCCAGCCGCUGGAGAUCAAGCAGGCGCCCGCCAAGGGGAGCGGCGGCAGCGGCGCCGCCGCCGCCGCCCAGCUCACCGUCACCAACCUGCUGUACACCCCCGUCACCUCCGAGGCAGAGCUGGAGCGCCUGCUGCUGAUCGCCAAGGGCAACCGCUCCGUGGCGUCCACCGCCGCCAACAACCGCUCGUCGCGCAGCCACAGCGUCUUCCAGCUGCACAUCCGCGGCAGCAACGAGGCGACGGGGCAGCAGUUCACGUCCCAGCUGAACCUCGUUGACCUGGCUGGCAGCGAGCGGCUGGACAAGUCGCAGUCGACGGGCGAGCGGCUCAAGGAGGCGCAGCACAUCAACAGCAGCCUCACGAGCCUGGCGCUAGUCAUCAUGGCGCUGUCCAACAAGGAGCAGCACAUCCCCUACCGCAACUCCAAGCUCACCUACCUCCUGCAGAACUGCCUGGGAGGGAACUCAAAGACGUUGAUGUUCAUCAACCUCAGCCCUUCGGAGGACAACUUCUCCGAGACGCUAAACUCGCUACGGUUUGCAACAAAGGUCAACGAAUGCGUCAUCGGAACCGCGCAGGCCAACCGGACAUAGACAACCACACACAGACAACCACAUACAGACAACCACACACAGACAACCGGACAUAGACAACCGGACAUAGACAACCGGACAUAGACAACCGGACAUAGACAACCGGACACGUGCGCUCGGGGCGGGGGGGGGGGGGUGAAGACCACUUUGAGAGUCCUGACGGAGAACUAAAACGGAUAGUAGCCAGCCGCGGCUCGCGAAGCCGUGCGCUCGGGGUUUUAUUUUGUAAUGUUAGCCCAGGGUUCCUGUUUGCGCUCCCAAUAGUCGCGCGCCAAACAACAAAUUCGGUUAGCGGUUCACCAGCGGGCAAUGGUCUCCACGGGCCAUCAUCGCCACCACCGUCAUCAUCAUAACCACGUCAUCACGACCACCAUCAUCAUCACCACCAUCAUGAUCAUCAUCACCACCAUCACCACCAUUAUUAUCAUAAUGAUCAU